GUAUGUGUGAGAGAGCAGCACAGACCGAGAGAGGUGGACAAGUGUGUGUAAGCGGAGUGUGAGUGCGAACCACCGGGGGAUCCUGAGCCUGGAGGGGAGCCUUGUAAUGAGAGAGGGGGGCUCUUCUGCCCGUGGAUGUAUGCACCACCAGGACAGUGUUAUUUGCAGGCGAGCGUAUGUGUGCGCGUGUGAGAGACAAGUGAAUGUGGGCAUGCCAGCAGCAGCGGCAGUGCGCGUGUAUGUGUAACAGUGUCGUCGAUCAGCGUCGGGCUCUUCGCGUUUUGCAGCCGGCGGUGCUCAUCACACUUUGAGGACUGACUCAUCUAGACCCGGCUUUGGAAAGCAGGAGAACGGAGGAGGAGUGAGAGUGGAGGUAGUCGUGGGAAAGACGGAUGGAUGGGAAGACAGGGACUCAGUUUUAUGCUUUUGAAUGCUGUGGAUUCCUCUAGACCAUCUGAGGGUCUAGUCAUUUGUGGGACGCCAGUAGCCCCAGUUAUCUACCCCGCCACCGCUGCCGCCACCACCACUUCCCUUUCAAAUUGGAAUUGCAGACACACAGCCAGACAGGUUUCCCGAAAACUGCCAAAGACCACCACAGAAGAAAAACGAAAUCUAACCCACCCCUAAACUACAUCUGACUUGAAGGAACAUUUUCACUUCGCACCUGCUCAACGGACUAGGACGAGAAGGUUUCGUGACUCUUUGUGAUCUUUUUCCUCCUUGAUAUCAUUGUUCUUUUUUUUGUGGAAGGUGGGCAUAGUUGGGGGUUACAAGAUCCUAUUCCAGACCUCUGAGGGGUGGGGGGUGGGGGGCUAGAGCAAUAAGAGGCUGGCAGACAAGACGGGACAGACGCAGGCAUGGCUCGCCUCAACUGGUGCCUGGCUGCCGUCAUCAGCUGGGGCAAGUUCCUCUUCGCCUGCUUCUUUCCUCUGCGGGGGGCCAAACGAAACAAGCCCGACGAGCUGGAGGGCGUCCACACGCACACCUUUAAGCUGAAGCCAUUCAAGAAGGCCAAGAGUUGUGAUAUAUGCAAGCAGGCCAUCACCAAGGAGGGCCUCAUCUGCAAAGCGUGCCGGUUGUCCUGCCACAAGAAAUGUGAAGUGAAGGUCACCACAUCAUGUCAAACAAAUACCAGCUAUGAGCCGCCUCCCACUCCUCAGCUGCCAUUAAAGCAUGUAGAUACACCGGGAUCUGCGAGGUCCUGCAAGAGCGUGGAGAUAAGGCGAAAGCAGUCGCGGAGUCAGAGUGUGGUUCAGGCCAUGGAGGAGAGCUAUGAGGUCGACCUGGUCUACAUCACAGAGAGAAUCAUCUCUGUCUCUUUUCCCGCUGGGGCCGAGGAGCAAAGCUACAACACCAACCUCAAAGAGGUGGCGACAAUGCUGCGGUCAAAACAUGGCGAGCACUAUCUGGUGCUCAACCUGAGCGAAGGACAGAGCGACUUAACAAAGUUAAACCAUAAGGUUCUUGAGUUUGGCUGGCCGGACCACCAUGCGCCAGCACUGGAUAAGAUCUGCAGCAUGUGCAAGGCCAUUGACACGUGGCUCAAUGGAGACACACGCAAUGUGGUGGUACUGCACAAUAAGGGGAACCGAGGUCGAACGGGUGUUGUGGUGGCUGCUUACAUGCAUUACAGCAACAUAUCUGCAAGUGCUGACCAGGCACUGGACAGGUUUGCAAUGAGGCGCUUCUAUGAAGACAAAGCACUUCCUGUGGGUCAGCCAUCACAGAGGAGGUAUGUGCGAUACUUCAACGGCCUUCUGUCAGGACACAUAAAAAUCAACAACAAGCCUCUGUUCCUGCAUCACGUCAUCAUGCACGGCAUACCUAACUUUGAGUCCAAAGGAGGUUGCCGUCCUUUCCUGAAAAUCUACCAGGCAAUGCAACCAGUCUACACGUCAGGAAUAUACAAUGUGCAAGGGGACAGCAACACCAGUAUCUGUAUCACCAUUGAACCUGGACUGCUUCUUAAGGGAGACAUCCUGCUCAAGUGUUACCACAAGAGAUACAGAAGCCCAACCAGAGAUGUUGUGUUCAGGGUGCAGUUCCAUACUUGUGCCAUCCAUGAUCUUGGGGUGGUUUUUGGGAAGAGUGAGCUGGACGAGACCUUCAAAGAUGAGAGGUUUCCAGAGUAUGGGAAGGUGGAGUUCGUGUUCUCAUACGGACCGGAGAAAAUCAAAGGCCUGAGUCACUUGGAGAAUGGGCCGAGUGUUUCAGUGGACUACAACACCCAGGACCCUCUGAUCCGCUGGGACUCAUAUGAGAGUUUCAGCCAUCGCUGUGAGGAAGCUGCAGAUGCUGACCACGAUGUUGUUCAUACCCAGGGCCCACUUGAUGGAAGUCUUUAUGCCCAAAUCCGGAAAAAAGACUCCCUGGAGGGAGUUGUCACUGUCAAUGGCCUCCCAGUCCGUGAAAACCCCUUGACUAACGAGAACCCAUUGCAGCACACCAACCAUCCCCUGCAAACUACUGACCACACCCUUCCUGUGGCAGGCCACACUUCCCUCCCUGCUGUCGACCAUACCCUGUCUGUGAGCAGUGACUCAGGCAAUUCUACCGCAUCGAUCAAGACUGAUCGCACAGAUGAGCAAAGCCAGUCUGUGCAGAGUGCUGUGAGCCACAACAAUCCAACAGCAACUCACCCACCACUCAGUCCGCAAGAAAAAAGAGAGCUCGACCAACUUCUGAGUGGCCUUGAGGCACCAACUAAGCGGCAAGCCUACCUGCCUACAUCUACCUGUCCAGGAGGAGGAGUACGACACUUAGUUCCUGCACAGGUGCAUGUCAACGGGAGCCACACCAGGUUAGUGGGCGCUCCUUCAACAGAGGAGCGUGAGACAGACAUUCUCGACGACGAGCUGCCUAAUAGUCAAGAGGGCAACAGUGUGGACAGUUUGGGCACCAUCUCAUCCCUUGAGGGCCAAGCAACACCAGCUGACUUGUACUACCAAUCACAGACUCCUGUCAGUGGCCAGAACGACGAGCCGUACCUUGAUAGAAGCGAGAUGCCGGUGCAUGGAGUACGAACUCCUACAGCGAUGCAAGAGAGAUCCGUGGACUCACCAUCGCCACAGGGGGGUUACAACAAUUAUCAAAAUGGAGGAGGGAUGUAUCGUUCACAGUCCUUUGGGAACCCACCUGCCAGCAGCCCUGAGACCACCCCAAAACUUAUGCCCAGGGCCCCUGAGAGGAGCACCAGUAGCCGGGAUGCUGUACAACGAGGUCUCAGUGCCUGGCAUCAGCAUAGCCUACCAGACGAUCCAUUUGGUCCUCCUCUUCAGUCAACCCAUAGCUUGCCCCACUUUCCCACCUCAGCUUCACAGCGUGACAUUGAGCAGUCAAUCGAGGCACUAAAUAUGCUGAUGCUUGACCUAGACCCAAUCAACUCUCACAUGUCUAAGUCCCACAGUGCGCCCCCUGGUGAGAACAGCCUCAAUUCAUCCCAGGUGCCAUUCUCCCAGACCCUGGCCAGGCCAUCAUACCAAGCAGACUCUGCUAUCCAUGGCUACAACAGCUCUGGAUCAAUUGGCGACGGCAUUCAUCAGCCCCAUCGCUCAUCUGGGAGAGUCAGCCAGAGCCCAGUUAUGGAGUCUCCAGUGCAUUCUCCCCAGAGGCCCAAUGCUGGCUACCAACACCAAAAUAUCACCCCAACACACACUCCUGAGCCCUACCUCCAUACUCGCCAUGCACCCCUUCAUUACACCACUGAUUCUAAUUUCAAUCAGCAGACCCCAGUGAAGCCCAUGAACUCCCACCCAAGCAGUGGCACUUCACACUCCCCAGAACUGCAGGGCUCGUCUCCAUAUCCAGGCUAUAGUGCCUCAUCUUCACCCCUUCCUACUGUAACUCCACAGCCCAAGGACACAUCUUCUUCAUCGUUGCCCAGAGAACAAGAUGCAGAGGAGGAGACGCUAAACUUGGAAGGCCUGGUAGCACACCGUAUUGCAGAGUACAACGCUCGUAUUCGGGGCAUCAGUGAAAGCAUGACACCACAACAAUCUGACCGCCAUCGCUCCUAUUCCUUCUCUGGAGUUCGUUCCAGAGGGAUGACCCCAGAAGUGACACAGGAGACAGGCAGGCGUCGGACCACGAGUGAGGGACAGUACCAGAGCGGCCAUGAUAGUACGUCAGCAGUUCAUUCACCAGACUUUGCCAACAAUCUUGCUCUCAACCCAGGAGGAAGACCCAGAGAGGGUGCAAUGCACAGCUACCGAGAUACGUUUCAGGACAAUGAAACAGACAGGUUUGCCAACAGUUCCACCUUUGGAGGUGGUGGAGCUCGCUCUCCUCCAGAUUUGAGCAAGACUCCUGUGUCACCGCUGGGAUUGAAGCCUCAUCAGCAGGGUGGAGCAGACGUUCAUUCUAAUACUGGAGAACAAGAUAAUCGAGGUUUUGGCGACUCCAGGGUACAACCCUUGAAUGCUCCCCUCUCCUCCAGCAGUCCCAUCCACAGCACUGAUGGAAGAAGAACUAGUUCUUCAGAUGGCAUCCCGCACAGCCCCGCCUCUAUUCACCCCCACAGACCUGCUUCCCCAGACGGAUCUCAGGUCAACAUUAUGGGCGUCCACACAGUCCCCGGCAGCCCUAACACCCUCCACCGCACAGUGGCCACCAACACUCCUCCGAGCCCUGCACUUCAGAGACGCCUGGGUCAAGCCAGCCCCUUGCUGGGCAGGCACCCACCUCCAUCUGGUGUUCCUUCAAGUCCUCUGAUUGGCCGAAACCCUAAAACAGCAGCUGCCGGUGUGCCACCUAGCCCACUGAUGGGGCGCCGCACGGCAACGAGUGGACACAGUACGCCUGAUGAGCUGGGCGCUGCCUCUCGCCAGGGGGGCAUCCAUCAGCCUGCCACGCCUGCUUUCCCAGUCUCCCCACAGCUACCAGAAAAGCGACACAUGUCCAGUGGAGAUGCAGACAGAAUGGAGAACAAGAACCUGAUGCCAACACCGAUCAGUGUUAGCAGCACGCCUAACCUGUCUGGGACACACACUCUCCCAGACGUCUCCAAGUCUAUAUACGACGGUUAUCCUGACAUCAAGAUGAAUGUCAAGUUUGUCCAGGACACCUCCAAGUACUGGUACAAACCAGACAUCUCCAGAGAGCAAGCCAUCAGUUUGCUGAAGGACAGGGAGCCUGGGGCUUUCGUCAUAAGGGACAGCCACUCUUUCAGAGGGGCCUAUGGUCUGGCCAUGAAGGUGGCCUGCCCACCGCCAACUGUCCAGCAGAACAAAAAAGUUGGUGACAUGACUAACGAGCUAGUGCGGCACUUCCUGAUUGAGACGAACCCCAAAGGUGUCCGCCUGAAGGGCUGUCCCAAUGAACCCUAUUUUGGCUGUCUUUCUGCUUUGGUGUACCAACACUCAAUGACCCCACUGGCUUUGCCAUGCAAACUGAUGAUCCCCACCAAAGACCCAAAUGAAGAGGCACUAGAACUCACCACACCAACUGAUCCAGUUGUUGAACUUCUUAAGCAGGGAGCGGUCCAGAAGGUUCCCGAGGAAGCCCAUGCGUGCAAUGUUCUCUACAUCAACUCUGUGGACAUGGAAUCGCUCACUGGGCCUCAGGCAAUUGCCAAGGCAAUUAGUCAGACGCUGUCAACCAACCCUCUGCCCGCUGCCACCACCGUCCACUUUAAAGUGUCCACACAGGGCAUCACACUCACCGACAGUCAGAGAAAGCUUUUCUUUAGAAGACAUUAUCCAAUAAACACGGUAACCUACUGUGACAUUGAUCCCCAGGACAGAAAAUGGGGCAAAGAAGGAGGCGGCUCAGUGAGGCUUUUUGGAUUUGUGGCAAGGAAACAAGGAAGCACAACAGACAAUGUCAGCCACCUGUUUGCUGAGCUGGACCCAGAUCAGCCCGCCUCCGCCAUCGUCGGCUUUGUCUCUAAAAUGAUGAAGCGAUGAAACCCUUAACGUUCAAAUGGCAGUGGCUGUUUUGCAAUCUUCCCUCAUUGUUGGUGUCCUCUUUGCCAGGGCUGGAUGGAGUCCUUUCUUUCUGUUUUAUGUUGGGUUUUUGUUUUCCUUCUCUGUUUUUUCCUCUCUGCCUUGCUGGUUUGUUUUGAUCUAAUUGAAGUAGUCUCUGUUUGAAGGCUUUGGUGUGGAUCGAAACUGGAGCUAGAGGAUGUGUGAUGCGGAGCUAUGCAUGUGACAAACAUGGAAGCCAUUGGAGGGAGAAGAUUUAUCGACAGGAUAACCUGUGCUUGAAGAACUUAGCUAAAGACUAAAAGAAAAAUGCAAAGUCUAGUCAGGGAACAUAUAAGGAAGUGGAUGUUUCAGGGUUUUUCUGUUGUUCUUGUCGAUUGAUUUACCAAAGGUAGCUGCAAUACAAGUGCGAGAAUGAUGUAGCUGUUAAGCCAUUAUUAUUUCCUCCUUUUAAAAGAUGAAACAUUGAAAAAAAAGAAAUCUGUUUUCUUGAACUCAUCUUCAGGAGUAAAAAAAAAAUGUUGGCCUUGAUGGCUUUUAGCAAAACUGUCUGAAGACAUUAUGCAUGUUAGCUUGAUCUUUAAGCUUGACUCUUCUACCUUCCACAAAAGUCAUUGUGAAAUCCUUAGAGUGGCCAUUUCCAGGUCUGUUAUGUGUCGGAAAGGGCUCUGCAGUGAAACGACUGAUCUAAACUGCACAUAACAGACCAGACUUAAAAAAAAAAAAAAAAGAAAAGGGGAGGGAAAAAAAGGACAAUAAAACAAUGCCACGCUAAGGUCACCGAACUUUGUGUCAGUGCAGCCACUUUUGCAUCACCUCAGCAUCCAGUCCGAGCCUGAUUUCUCUCUCUAAAAACACUAAAAACCUUGCUUCUUGGAUUAUCCACCUGAUAUCGGCAAGCUCGUAAUUGCAUGCCAGACAGAGAGAUUGUUUUAUCUAGAAGGUGGAGCCGCUGAUUCGGGCCAAGACUCUUUCCUCCCAGAGUCACACAGACUUCCUCAUCACCAACUGCUUGCAGUAGUGGACCUGUUGAUAGACGCUGCCACUGAAACACACUGGAAAUCACCAGGGACUGGCCCAAUGACCUGGACCUAUGCACUGUUCUUUAUGCAUGUUGUUGUCCCAAAAUGCACCCCCCCCCCCAUAGUGACAUCCAACAUCACUGAAAUCAUUCUAUGCCAUGUGCUUAAAACUAAAAACCUUUAGACGAGUACUGACGUCGUAUGACUUGUCAAAGACUGCAUGAAAUAGAAACUUUUUUUGUACUCUUCUCAGAGUCCUAAAAACAAACAAAAAAAGGAAGUAGAACAACCCACUGUUGAAGUAGUCACAUGAUGGUGAGAUGCUAUGUUUUUACCUUUGUUUUCAUUUAGUUUUCAGUCCAUUUGGGCCAGGGUUACCUUUCACUGUAUCAAGGACAGUUUUAUGUUCCACGGUGUUGUCAAAAUUUACAUCUGGAUACCAUUUAGUGUUAAAAACAAAGAAAAAAAACACAUGAGAAGUUUCCACACUGUGCGCAAUGCCUGCUUGUUGAACACACGCUCAAUCAUUCACAAUAAGCUAAGGAAAAAAAAUUGAUAUUGAUAUAAAUGUACAUAGAUACUACUUUGAAAGGUGACAUAGCGAAAAAAAGUAUUUAUUUUUGUUGCUUUGGUCCCUCAUGAUUACUCAUAUAUACAUAUAUUGUACAGUCUAGAUAAAGAAGAUUACCUAAUGGGGUGAGAAAAAAAAAAGAUAUAUACUUAUUUUGGCUAAUGAUUUCAAAGUCUGGCGAUUUUGAAAUGCGUUUGAAUAUAUGGUGUACAUUACUUUGUACAUGUAUAUGUUUGUUUUCACCUUGUCAUGUAUUACUCUUUUUUUCUGCCUCUGUUUUUUUUCUUCUUCUUCCCAAACGAGGUGAGGCGCGAAGGAGACAGGUCUGAAAUGUGUAGACAGAAACAUCUGAGUGUGUUUCCUUACAUUUGGAAGGCAAACAUAUCGAAGCUGUUACAUUUAAAUGUGUGAGAAAAAAAGGAGGAGGCCAACCUCGAAUGCAAUAUGAAAACAGCUUUUAUGCAUCCGUGACAGUUACAGUUAUAAUUUUGCCAAAGAUUCAUACGUCUAUGCUAACUCGCUGCAUGCUGCUUCUCAGUUUCCAUUUUUUUUGUGUUUCAUUCAUUUUUCAGUCUAGCUCAGCUUGAGCAGCCAGGUUAUUAUGGGAUGUUCGAUAUUAAAUAAUUGCAAGACAGCAAGACAUUGAGAUGUCUUGCAAUGACAAAAGUAUUUUGGGGGCGGGCAGGCGUUUGUUGUCUCCAAAAUAUAUUUGCUUAAGAUUGAAAAGUCCCACUGUGUCCAUCUCAAAGAACAAUGAAGUUCUGUUCAAUUACCAAAACAUUAAAUUUCAAAUAGACGUCAGUGCUGGAGGUAGAUAAAGUCAGACAUGUCUCAUCGUGAUGCUAAAGCUCUGCACUUGCAGAGUUGUCAGACCUCCAAAGGUGUCCCCCCGCCCCUCCCACCCCACCCUUUGAGAGUCAUUGAUUUAUUUAUUCUUAUUUAUUCUUUCAUUUCCUUACAAAUUUCCAUGUUUCAUUGUCACAGCUUUGCAGUUUUUACAGCGUUAAUGAUUUUAGGAAUGUACGGUGGCGCUUUAUUGAAAGCAAAGAGGUACAGUGCACUUAAAUCAAUGUCAUUUGAAAAGAAAAACUGAAGAAUUAAAUGUUGAAAUACAAUUAAAAAAAAUCUAAACUAUAUUGUACCUGUUGGCUUUGAGUCAAGAGUUACCUUGUUGUUUCAUUGAAAUAAAAAAAAAGAUUCUGUGACCCCUUGUACAGAUGAGACUUGUAUGUUGUAUGAAUGUUCUACUAUGGAUGUGCAAAAGGGUCUCAGAUUUUGUUUACGCUUAUCAUUUACAUUAUGCUGUCAUGGCUUACCUGUUCCUAAGGAAAAAAAAUGAAAUAAAAACAUUAAAGCAAUACAGAUACAUUACGUUAAA